AUGAGUUUUCCUCAAAUGUACGAAUAAUUUAGGAAAUUUGAUACCAGAUCAGCUCCAAAAUUCAAUGACGAAGAUUCUCUGAAAGACGAGGAGCGAUUUUUUGAUAAGCGUAUCCCACACCCUCCUCGACCUGAAAGUGCCAAAGCACCUGAUGGCAACCCUCUUAAAAAUGUUAACAGAAAGCCAGCCCGCCCAAUAACAGCUACAAAGAAAAUCUUCCCAGUAUGACAAAAGCCAGUCCCAAAUAAAGAAGCAGAGCCUAUAAUGCUGGCCAAGCUUCGACCUAAGAAUAUUCAAAUGGACAAAGAAAGGCUUUAUGAUGAAAAUAUCGCUUUGAAAAUGAAAGUCAACUCUUUAACUGAAGACGUUAUUUUAUUAAGAACUAGAAUAAGCCAGCUCGAAAGAGAUAUAGGAAAAAAAGAAAUAUUUCUAAUAAGACUAAUUUUUACUAUUAAAAUUGGAAAAUCAUGGUUUUAGGUUUAUUUAAUAAAAUAUGCUAUAUUUAUUGAUCAAAAAUCUCCAACUGAGAAGCCAAAUUCCAAAAACGUUCAUUUAAUCACAAAUCUCAAACAAAAUGUCAAAGAAUUAAGAUCAGAGCUUCAGACAAAAGAAACUGAACUAAUUUCAUUAAGAAAAAACACAAAAACUUCAAGAAUUAUGGAACUGGAAGCUGAAGUUCAAGCAUAUGUAGAUGAAUGUACAAGGCUAAAACACCAUAUUGAAGAUUUACUGCAUCAAAACGGCAUAGAAAAUCCAACAGGAGAAUAUGAAGGUUUUGAGGCUCAAAGUUACAGACAAACUCUUGUAAACUCAAAUCUUCAAAAAGAAAAUGCAGAAUUAAAUCAAGCUUUAUCAGAAGCAAAAGAAGAAAUUUUUAAAUUAAAAUCAAAACUUUCAGACCCUGAAAAAAAGAAAAAAAAGAAAUCCACCUCACGAAAAAACGAUGAACACUUAAAAACAGAAAUCCAAAUCCUUAAACAGCAGCUUGAGAAUGAACGAAAAAUUUAUGAAAAUAAAGAAACUGAUAUAAAAAAUGACAGCGAAAAGCUCAAAAAAUCAAAUUUAGAAACUUUUCAAAGGAUGCAAAGCUUUGAAUUAAAAGUAAAAGAGCAGAAUUCUCUUAUAGAGCAGCUAAAAACUCAAGUGGCUGCACUUCAAAAAGAAAUGCAGCAGACACAGAAAAAUCAAAAACCAGCUGAAAAUAACAAUUUAUGGGAUAUGACCCCAGGAAGAUUAACUCACCCUCCAAAACUGUGUAAAAUGAUCUACGAAAUAAUCUACAAAAAGAAAAUGCUUUUAGCUGUAUUUUUGUCAUUAUUAGAUAAAAACAAUAAUGGGUAUAUUGGGACUGAUGAUAUUAUACAGGUAUUAAAAACUAAUGGGUAUCAAGCUAAAAAAAAGUACAUUGAAGAAGUCAUUCAAAUGGCGACAGGGAAAAUGGCAAAUAUUAUACAUAUAAAAGCACUGGAAAAAUUUUAUGAACAAUAUAAUUAUUCGUCCUCACCAAUUUCGACAAGCAGUGAAGAAUUUCCUGUGAAGCCUCAGAAGACGUUUGGGUCUGCUGCAAAUGAGAUAAAAAUAAAAAUUGGAGAAGAGCAGCCAGUAAUGAAAUCGAUUUCAGUGAGCUCAAGUGUAAGAAGUGAAAAUAUCAGGGAAAUUGAAAAUGAGGAUAAAAAUAAUGCAAAAGUUAAUGAAAUUGAUAAAAAGAGUGAAAAUAAACCAGAAGCUCCUCCUUUAUAUUUCACUUUUUCAAAGGAAAGUAAUGAUAAAGUUAUUAAGGGGCAGGCAGCUGGGGUUUCAGAUAAAAAUGAAAUAAGAAAUGUUGUGCAACAAAAAGAUGAAGCUCAGGUCAUAAAAAAAGAACCAGUGCCUCCUCCAGAGGAUCAUAAGCCUAAAGAUCAACAACGAGUAGAAGCUUUGCAAAGACCAAAAUCAAGACCUUCAACCCCAAUCCAAAAACAGAUUAGUAAUGAAAAAAUUCCUCUGAAGUCAGAUUAUGAAAAUCCACCGUCAUUAGAUUAUUACUCAAUCUUUAAUAUGCUGUUUCUUCCCAGGAUGAUUUAGGCAUGCGGGGCCCGUCCUUUUAACUCCAUCUUAGGACUUGCAAGUAAUCCUAACGUCCAAAAUGGUGCCGACAUCCCAAAAAUGGCGACAGCUACCUAACAAAAACCCUCAGGGUUGGUCAGAAACUCCUCAUGGCUAGCAAUGAUCUCGCGCCAGCAUUUGACUCCUGCACAUAUUCCGCCUAAGGAUUACCCUCCUCAGGUGUGUCAAGCGGUAAAACUCCUAUACGCCUCAAAAUCCUGAGCCAAUAUUCUUACUAUACGCAAUAAGCCAUAUUUGGCAUUGUGGAUAAAGGCCACCAGAUAAGCAUCGGGAGGAGGAAAGGUUUACAGAUUUCAUUACUAUUAUUAUGAAAACCCACCAUCAAAAAGAGAAAAAAACCAACUUGAAGCAGAAGCUCCACAAAGGUCAAUGUCAAGAUCUUCAACCCCAAUUCAAAAAAUGCCUAGCAAUGAUAAAAUUCCUCAAAGAUCUGAUUACGAAAAUCCGCCAUCAAAAAGAGAAAAAAAUCAAUCUGAAAAAAAUAUAUUAAAAAAAGAGCCUACUGAUGAAAGAAUAAAAGAAAAGCAAAUUGUACAGCCAACACAGAAAAAGGAGCCAUUAAAUAUAAAAGAAAAACCUAAAGAAGAAGAAGAAGAAAAAACCCAGCCUACAGAACAAGAAAUCCCUACUAUAAAGCCAGAAGAAAUUAAAACAGUCCUAAAUCAUGUAUCUCUACAAAUGCAGCUAAAUCGGCAGCCAAAGUCUAAGCUUGCCUCUUUCCUAUUUGGCUCAAUCGAAAAAUCCCAAAAAUUGAAUAAAGAAGAAAUAUGGCACACCCCUCGUGGCUGCUCGCUAUUAAGUACCCCUCCCCAUGACACCCACCCCCUGACGGUCCUGAAAAUUUUAAAUGUUAAAAUAUUAUUUGAAAAGUCCCCCUCAAAUAUUUUAACUUGUCAAAUUAAUAUUUAACAUGCUAAAAUAUUUGGGACCGUUAGGAGGUGGGUGACAUGGGGAGGGAGUGCUCAAAGCUGAUCCAAGAUGGGGUGUAAGCUAUAUCCAAAUUCCUAUCACAAUCACCUUUGAAAAUCCCAAGCGUUCAAAAUUUCGAUAAAUUUUGCCAAUUUUUAAUAGAGCCCUCCCAAGCUACCAUUCGUCCAAGUGAACUUAGCUCUUUAUCUGCAUCUGUCGAUUUUAUAACUAAAAAAUUAUUUAUCUCUUUAGAAGACUGGCCAAUCUUUACUCAAGAAGACGAAAAAGAAUACGACGAAAAACUGACUGAAAUAAUAGACAUUUAUUUUGACUCAUUAAUUGCAGGCUGCAAAAAAAAUGAUUUAAAUAAUACAGGGAAAAUCUCAAUAGAGCAGUUUCAAACAGUUUUACGACAACAAAAUAUAGAACUCCCUAGAAAUAUGAUGAAUUACAUUAUUUUAUUAUUUUAUUCAACAAGUCUGGAAUUAAAUGAAGUCCCAUAUGAAAAAUUUUUAAAUGCUUAUCAUAAUCAAAAUGCAGAAGAAUAUGAAGAAGAUUAUGAACAGGGAGAAGAAAUUGCAGAUGAAGAAAGGGCUAAAAUUGUAGGCCAUUUAUUAGAAAUUAUUGCUAAAGUUAUGAAAGAUAAAAAAGUUUCAGUUAGGGAUAUUCUUUACUGAUCUAAAAUAGUCCUUUGAGUAUUAAUUUUUUAUUUAAAAAAAAAAAUCAGCAGAAUAAAGCAUAUUUUUAUCCAAAAUCACAGAGGCAUGGUCAUGCCUGACAACUUUGUAAAAGGGCUUCAAAAAUUAGGAGUCCUCGAUUCAAUUGGCCAAGAAUUCAUAAUUUUAAUCCUCCAAGCUCUCCAAUGUGAAGACACUGACGAAAUGUGUAUUUUAAUCGACGAUCUAGAAGAAGUCUUUAAGCAUUAUGGCAUUAGCAUCCCAGACGAAAUUUUUGAAGAAGAAAAUGAAGAAAAAAAUUUCAGCAAGGAAAACUCCCGAUACAAAGAAAACUCAGAAUCUUCUUCUAUAUAUGAAGAAGAACCUUAUGAAGAAACCAAGCCAAAGCAAAAUCCUCAGUUAAUAAACCCACCUUCUGAUGCAGAUUUAAUAAAAUCAAUUGAAAAGAAAGAAAGCAUAGAAAAUGACCUUGGCUCAAGCAUAAAUUCUGAUUAUGAGAUAGAAAAUCACUUGUAUAAUAAAACAAAAAGCUCCCAGAGCAGUGCGGAAAAAAAUAAAGCUGAAGAGUAUAGUGAGUAUGAAUCAGAUGUAAAUAAAGAAGAAUAUUCAGAGGAUAUUGAAGAAAAUUAUGACAAAAAUUCAAAUGUAAGCUAUGGGAGCGAGUAUGAGUCAGAUCAAGGCAGCGAAAUAGACUAA